AUGAGUAAGGCAUUAGUCAAGAAGGCUGUGAAUGGCGAUUCUCGCGACUUGCGAAAGCAGUCGCCGGCUCGGGCGAAACGGUCAUCACCAAAUGGCCAUGUUCAAGAUGCCGACACGGGUAUUAGGCUGAAAAAGUCAGAAGUGAUAAUUGACAAACAGAAAAAGCAGUUAGUCAACGAACAGCUAAAUGAAGCCAAGGGUACGUGCAGUUCUGUAUUGCGGCCUCGAUCAACUACCCGAAGACAGUGUGUCUCUGAUAGUGUUUCAGUCAGUACGGAUAUUUCAGUUUCAGAAUUGGAUGUUGAUCUUCACUCAGGAGCAAAGAAAGCGGCAGGGAGAGCCAUCUUUACGCUAAUUCCCCCAAAACGCAGUAUUUCAACACUUCAGGUCACAGUUGAAGAUCCAAAUAAGCUAGAACAGGAAUCGAAAUUGGGGAUUGGUGAUAAUUCUCAGUUGGAUGGUAAAUCUUUAAUUGGAAAAAAAAGGAGGGUUAAUAAUGUUACUGGCAAUAGUUCUUCUAAAUCUCCUCAUCGAAAACUUGAACCAUUGAAUAGAACUAUGCAAGAAGAACAUAGAACAGAUCUCCACCCAACAGUACCUAGUGGAAGUGUCAAUGGAGUCAGUGAUGUGUCACACAAUAUGGACUCUAAGGUCCCUGAAACGAUGGCAGAUAAUUCAGCUCCAACUGUACAUCCAACACAGACUUCUCCUUCUGAACAUAAAAACGAAUGCAUCGAUUUUACGAUGAAAUCAGUCAAUGUAAAUAUAAAGAAUGAUGAUGUUAAUGAUGCUCAAGAUAUUGUAGAUGAUAGUGUUAGCAAGCAGGGAAAAGAAGAGAAUGCGGGCGAACAGUUCAGUUCUGCCAAAGAUACCGAUUCGGAUACUGAAUCAAAAACGAAAAAGAAAGAUGAGGAUGUUAAGCAACCGAGGAUGUCCCCGGAUCAUCGCUUUAUGAAGCUGGAUGAAGAGGUUGGCCGAGGGACUUUCAAAACUGUUCACAAGGGCUUGGAGAUUGAUACAGGUGUGCAUGUUGCCUGGUGUGAGCUGCAGGACAAGCGUUGGAGUAAGAGCGACCGGAAGCGAUUCAAGGAAGAGGCAGAGAUGCUGAAGGAGUUACAGCACCCCAACAUUCUAAGGUUCUUUGACUACUGGGAGGAGGAGGGGCCGCACAGACAGAAGAUCAUUGUUCUCAUUACAGAACUGAUGACAUCUGGCACUUUGAAAACGUACCUUGGGCGAUUUAAAAAAUUGAACCUGAAAGUUCUGAAAAAUUGGUGUCGUCAGAUCCUGAAAGGUUUACAGUAUCUACACACUAGAACGCCCCCAAUCAUCCACAGGGAUCUCAAGUGUGACAAUAUCUUUAUCACAGGUACCACAGGCUCGGUCAAGAUUGGAGACUUAGGCCUGGCAACCCUGAAAAGCAAUUCGUUUGCAAAAAGUGUCAUUGGUACACCGGAGUUCAUGGCACCAGAGAUGUACGAUGAGCACUACGAUGAAGCAGUUGAUGUCUAUGCUUUUGGGAUGUGUAUGCUGGAGAUGGCUUCGUCCGAGUACCCAUACAAAGAAUGCCACAACCCUGGUCAAAUCUACCGCAAAGUCACAACUGGCGUACACCCAGAAGCGUUGGAUAAGGUGAGGGACCCAGAAAUACACAGCAUCAUUGAGGGCUGUAUACAGACCAAGAAGGAAGACAGGAUGACAGUGAAAGAUCUCCUGGCUCAUGAUUUCUUCCUAGAGGAUACUGGUCUGCUGGUGGAGCUGGUCAGAAUAGAGGAUGAGUUGACAGACUUGCAGGUGAUUCCCCUGAGGCUGCGUGUGGUUGACCCAAAGAAAAGAAGGGACACACACAAAGAGAAUGAAGCCAUCCAGUUCGACUUUGAUUUGGGCCAAGAUCAAGCAGAGGAGAUAGCUUCUGAUCUGGUGAAAUCUGGGUUUCUUUUGGAGGAUGACAGGAGAAUUGCAGCCAAACAGAUCCGGGACAGAGUGGCCCAAGUAAUGAAAUGCCGUGUACCUCAGACGCCAGUGCCCUCUCAGGCUCCAGCCCAGCAACCCAGCCUGCUGCCACCACAGCCACCAAGUGUUAGCGCACAGCAGGCAGUAUAUCCCCAGUCUCAUUCGCAUGCCGUCAUGGAUGACCACUCAUCCAAUGACAGAGCUGGUGGUGAUGCAGGUUCAUGUGUCAGUGAUAUCAACAUUACACAGAGCAGCUCCCAGCUGUCGACUAUUUCCUCAACUAGCAACAUUGCUCAGAACGGAGAAACUCUCAGCUCACACCAGCAAAGAAUAAAAUACCGGCUGAGAGCAAAGGCUGCCAAUCUGAGUCACCUGGAUAUGAAUGCCGCCCAGCAGCACCAGGUGCAGUCCUGCCAGCUCCAGCAGGGCGGCACCCCAAACUCACAGCCCACGGCCAGCGCCAGUGGGAUCACAGCCAGCGUCUCCACUGGUUGCCUCAACGAUGAGUCCUUGCAAAUUUUAUGGGGUAAUCACACACAUAAAUGCAUUGAACAGCUUAACGAGUAUGAGAUUUUAAAAAAACCCCCCCCCCCCCCCAUUGAAACAGAACUGGGCCAAGAAAAGACUAGGAAGAAGUCUCGGCGCCGCAAAAAGACCGUGGACAAACUGCCCCCAAAGGUGACAAUCAUCUCGUAUGACGAAGCGUCGGACGAAGUGGAAGUUCUGCUGGAGGUGUCAAACAACAACCUGACCUGCAAGUUUCUGCGGAACUCAAUUCCUAGAGCCGAGGAGGUUGAGGAAGACUUGCUACCGGAUGUCAGUAAAGUGCAGAUAGAGGGUGUAACUAGUCUAUUGCACCAAGUCAUCCAGAUAGUGACCCAAGAGGGCAAGAAUUCGGUGGGCCAGGUGUUGACCCUGUCACCCUCGACAAGUCCUUCGGCUGUGAGAAAGUUUAAGAUCAACAUAGAUACCAAGAAGGGAACCCAGAGCCACAAACACCGAAGGCAGGUCCCCAAGAGUGGAUUGAUUGUCACACAUCAGUCCACAAACACCAACAAGUUUGAAGAUGAUGUUGAGGAACCACUUGUGUCUACGGAGACAAACCAUGAGAGUAACAGCACUCAAACACACGGUACUGUCAACGACAAUGAGCUGAAAGUGGGGAAACCUGCGGCAGCAAAAGAAAGUGUCCCAGUUAACAUAGAAGAGCUGUCGGAGAAACUCCAGUCUAUCUACCCACAGAAAACUGGGCCGAUGGCUGGACAGGUACUACCUCCAGGUGCUGGAUCAGAAACUCAGCCAUCCGGCAUGAAACCAGAUGCUGCAGGCCAGCCAGGACAAGUCCAUGUGCAGGCCACUUAUGCUACUCAAGCUCCUGUUGGCCAGAUAGUCCAAGGUAUGGCUGGAAUCAUUCCUCAAGGCCAGGUUCCAACUGUCUCAUCAACGAUGUCACAAUUAGUUCAGGCCAGCAUUCAGAGUAUGGCUUCUUCUGUUCAGCCUGUCAAUCCAUCUCAAACUGGACAUGCCAUUAGUAGUGUCCUAAUUCCACAGUCAGGUCAGGAGACAGCUAACUUUAUGGGAGUCGAAACCUCCAGAAAUGCCAUUCAGGCAAGUCAAACAUCACAGGUGGUUGCUGGUCAGCAGGCUCAUUACCCUGUUUCCUUCCAGCACCAGACCUCAGGCGUGGCCCCAGAGCAUCUAGCAACAGAUGCAGCGGGUCAUUCUAUUCCAGCUUCUGCAGUUUUGACCCAUGGCCAUACUCAAGAACCUGUCCAGAAGGCAGGGAACCUCCCCACAACUUUCAGCACGGCCAGCCACCUGGGCUAUGGGGUGCACCCUCAGCAGUCCCAGAUGCCGCAGCUGCACCAGAUGUAUUCAAUGAUGCAGAACAUGAUGCACCUGCCCCCUUUCAGCAUCCACCAGCCAAGCUACUACGCUCACAUGACUCCUUACAUGCAGACCAUGAUGCAGAUGUCACACAUGAUGCACCAAAUGCAGCAGCAUCUCCAGCACGGAAACCAGCAUCCACUACCAGUACACAUGACCUAUCCAUAUGGUCAUUACCCCGGCUGGAGCUAUCCAUCGAAUGUUGGCCCGCCACCUCCAUCCUCCCAUCCGGCAGAAAAUGCUGCCUUUCCAAAUACAUCACCUCCCCAAUCUCCCACUGCUUCAAGGAAAACUGUUCAUGAUAUGGCCCAGACUCCAUAUAAUUCUGUUGAAAAUCUGAGCUUGCUUAGCAAGACCCUACCAAAAGCUGAUUUUAAUAUCCUGGAGCAAGCUCUGGCCAGAACUAUGAGCAGACAUAAUCAUCCUCAUCACCCUACUCCUACUCCGGCCACAAGUUUCACCAAUCUGCAGGAAGCCUCCCAUGAACACAAGUCUACAGAUGAACCUUCGGAAGUCCCAGAUGAGGCCAAAAGCAAAGAGGAAAAGGUCCUGGCUGAUAAAGGAACAUUAGCUGAUAACUCUCCCCCUUGCCCUACUGAAAUCAGAUCCGAACCGGACCUGUCUGCACCAAAAAUCAAAACACUAUCCCGCUUUAAAGUUGAAGUAGUGAAGGAUGAUCCCCUGGUUGCUUCAAAAGAAGACGAAAGCAAGUCAUCAUCUCCAGAAGUAGGGAACUCCACAAUAGACCUCACAGGCGAGGUCAGCACUGAAAAGCGAGGGAGGUUUCAAGUCACAAAGAUGGCAGUUAAGCCAGUGGCAUCAACCUCUUCUGAAGGAACCUCCACAGAUGCCACGCCGUCUGCAUCCAGCAAUACUAACCCAAAUAAUACGGAGCUGUCUAGUGCCAAAAAUGCUCUGUCAGACCCCAGUGCUAACUCUCAUGCCGAGGAUGCUGGUGCCACCAAUAUUGCUAAAUCUGGUUGUGUAAGUAUUAAACACCUUGUUCAUUAUUGCACUUCUUGUGCGGUCAUUGACCGGAGACCCACUUCUCCUGAACAGAAAUCCAACUCUGAGAAAAUAAAGAAUGAAUUGACCGCCUUGGAGUUUGAUGUGGAGUACCAGGCACUCAUCAACAG